GAAUAAACAACUACUCCGUAUCUUUUUAACUUAAUGGCUCUGUACUAGUUUUUUAGUUUUUCUAUGGAUGUAAGAUAGAAUGGCGGCGACUAGGAGGUUGCAGAAGGAGCUUGCGGACAUCAGGAAUUCUGGCUUAAAAGCCUUUCGUGACAUUCAUGUGGAUGACACAAACAUUCUCACUUGGCAAGGGCUUAUUGUUCCUGAUAAUUCGCCAUACAACAAAGGUGCCUUCAAAAUUGAAAUAAAUUUUCCUGCAGAAUAUCCUUUUAAGCCACCAAAGAUAAUCUUCAAAACCAAAAUCUACCAUCCAAACAUUGAUGAGAAGGGACAAGUGUGCCUUCCAAUCAUCAGUGCAGAGAACUGGAAGCCGGCCACCAAGACGGACCAGGUGAUACAAGCUUUAGUUGCGCUCGUCAAUGACCCAGAGCCAGAACAUCCAUUAAGAGCUGAUCUUGCAGAGGAAUACCUGAAAGAUCGCAAGAAAUUCAUAAAGAAUGCAGAAGAAUACACAAAAAAGUACAGUGAAAAACGGCCUGCUGACUAGAUCUGAACGUUUCUAGUGAUGCAAGUAUGUUACGAUGUCAGAACUGUUAACCUCAUUGUUUUGACGUAUUACUCAUGGUACUUGAUAUGAGUAAACGUUUGGUGUCGUGUUUAGUCACCUUGAUUUCCAGAAUUGGGAAAUUGACUGUCAGGAGUCUUAUUAUUUGUUUAUAUUCAACACAUUUAAAAAAAUGCAACUUCCAUCCUGAUUUGUAGGCAUUAGACUUAAGACUCCAUGUCUAAUGGGGGACCUCUUGGCAUGGAGAUUUAAGGCAGCAUUAUUAAACCUAACUGAAGCUUUUGGACCAAAGUACAUUUCAUCAGUUUUUGCACAGCCCCGCAUGUGGACAAGUGGUCAGAGUUUGUAAGAAAAUAGUUGAGUAGCUCAUGAAAGUGUAAGGUUGAAUUCCCGAGGGUGGAAGUUAUAAACAUAAAUUAUCUUGUUACGGAUUUGGUAUUUGUUGUCCUAGAUGACAUCUUAUUGGUCAUAUGGAAGACAUAACCAAAAGUGAUACUGUUGAAGUAGAUGUGUUGGACAUUUUAAAUUGUUUUGCCAUUUGCAGGUCAUGGGGACACUGUUUUUAAAAAAAUAUCAAUCACAAUGUAUGGUUGCAAUUCUCAACCCCAUCCUCCCAAAUAUCAGUAUGCCAUUUUAACUGAUAUGGAGGCAGGUUCUUUUUGUGUGCUAUUAUGUGUUAGACACUGUCGUUUGUGAUAGGUAUUGGCAAAUAGUUUGCAAAACUAUCUAACAGAAAUUGUUUUCUACUUUGUGAUUUAUCUCGACAGCACAAUGCCCCACAGAAUGUUCAAACCUAAAUUUAAUAGUUUUUUCUUCGUAGUGAGCAUCAUGAACUGUGAGGGUUAUUUGAUUCAACCCAGAAAUUUUAAUAUCUGUAAGUAAAUGCUAUGCAAACUUAUGUAUAGAUUAUGGUGCAUGUAGUAAUUGGUGUAGAAUUAUGCAAAUAUGAGUUAAAUAACACACAAAGAGAGACACACACACACACAUAUUGACACAGACACAGAUACACAAAUACACAGAUACACUCAGGCACAAAGACAGAGGCAUAGAGAGAAAGACACACAGAGACAGACACACAGUCACAGACUCAGACCGACACACAGACACACACAUAUAAUUUUUGUUGGUGUGUGUUUUUAUACCGAUCUAGGUUUUAUUUAAGUUUGAUGAAAUUUUGUACUUUUGACCUUCAAAACAAGGGGAGGGUCACUGUCUACAUGAGUUUUCGAAAAACUAUCCCAUCCCCCUUUUCUACCUCUUAAGUCAGAAUUGUUGUACUUCUUGAAAUUUUGCAUAUAUACUGCAUUCAAAAUAGAGGAAAAUUACUGUCUACAUCUGAUUUUGAAAAACACUACCCACAUCCCUCUGUCUACAUGAUAUUGAGAAGAAACCAUCCCUAUUCCCCUGUCUAACCCGUUAAAGAAGAAUUUAGUUAUUACACCCACCUUUUGAAAUAAUGCCAUAGUUAAUUCCAGGAAAACAGAGCACUAAUAAAAUAUGUUUUUCCCAUAACCGGAGAGGAUAGGGAAUUUUGGUUUGAGAAAAUUUUGAGCAGGAACAAAAAUUACAGAGGAAACAGGACAGUAUUUAGUAUUAUUUUAGGUUACAAAUUUCAAAAAUUUCCCUUCUAUUACAAAGGAAAUAUUUCCUUUUUAUUGUGUAGGCCCAAACAUAGUGAUGAUAAGCUAACUGGACAAAAAAUUAGUCACCCCUGAAGAAAUAAUUACAAACAUCAUUUAAUGCAGUGUAACUCCAUCUCUGGACUUGAUAAUCAUCUGGAUUUGAUUAGAAAGUGAGUCCACAAGGUUUUGCAGGUACGUCGCAUCCAGGUAAAGCCACUCUCUGAGGAUUUGAUUAUGCAAUUCCACAAAAUUGCAGGGAUGCUGAUGUCGGCAUUUUACCCGCUGUUCCAACAUGCCCCUCAGAUUUUCAAUAGGGUUCAAGGUAGGUGAUUCGCAGGCCAUUCGAGAUGUUACAGGGAGAGGAGUGUUCAUGAAACCAGUCUCAUAUGCGUCCAGCCUGAUGAACUAUUCUGUUUCAUCUUGAUAAAUUGGAGUAUCAGUUGAAUUCUCGUCGCAGAUGUUGACUAAAAGGCAACACCUGAUGAUCCAGAAUGUUUGAAUUAACAUGCUGGUUCGUGUUAGUGGUUACCGUAGUGAGCGGGCCCAAUCCAUGAUAUGAAUAACACCCCCAAAACAUCUCAGACCCCCGAAACAUCUCAGACCCCCGAAACAUCUCAGACCCACCUCCGGCUUGAACAUGACUUACACACGUCCAGGGUGAAAUACUUCAUUUGGCCUUUGGUGCACUCUACAAUGUGCGUCAUUGGAAUGCAGGCAAAAAUAUGAUUCGUCAGACCACAUUGAUGAUUUCUAGCUCAUUGAAGAUGCACAGCUUUAUGUGCCUGUGUGAGCAGUGGCCUCUUGCUAGGUGACCAACUUCCAGUGUUCAUUGCCUGCAGUUCCCGUUGCAAUGUUCUCUCGCCAACAGGUUGGGAUGGACCUUCUUUCACUGACUACAGCAAUUCCUGUCGGGUUUGGAAGCGAUUUUGAUUGACAAGCCGUGAAACGCAUCUCAGGAUCUUUUCCCGACCACAAUUCUGAUGUGUUUCGUGGCCACGUGUGGUACACCACUGCUCAUAGACACGUCUUAUUUAAUUUUAUGGUAGCCUCUAAAUUAAAACAAAAGGCCUAAUUUGCAAAAUAGUGAUGAAAUUAGCUCAUAUUUACACUUUCAACUCGAGGGUUAUUUACGAUGGCCAUGUACCCAUUCGGCAAUACUACAAACACUUUAUCUGCAAAUUUACACUCAAUUGGGACACUUUAUAUAUGUUUGUUUAUGUUGCUUUCAAGGCAUAGGUUGCUGCUUCUGUGGUGUCAUAGAUAACUAGAAAAAUUGGAAAAGGUAAUUUCCGGCUCGAUGUGUCCCGAAAACGUUCCUGGUUUUUCGGGACUAACGAGGAUCCAGUCCGGCUCUAAAUUUUGUUCGUAAUAGUGCGUGUCAAACUAAAUAAUUGGUUUCCCGACCAUUGAAGUGUUUUUGUGGACUACCAUUUCAAUCAAAACAAUACUCCUGUUGAAAGCAAUUUACAGUAUUAAUUAUUUGUCUCAAAAGAUCUAAAAUACAUUUAUAUCAAUUUUUGAAAUAUUUUUUGAGAAUAAACAUCUUAAAAUAAUUCAUGGGCCACAUUGUUUACAUAAAAGGCCUUGGGCAUAACAUUCCCUAACGAAGUAGGUGCGAAAAACAUUUUUGAGUUACAAAAUUAAUAAAGUUAUUAAUAUUAUAUUAUAUAGAACAUAUGUUUUAACAUCUAAUACUAUUAGAGAAGCAUAAACUUUACAUUUUAAAUUAUUAAGAAAUACUAUGUAACCUUUUAAUAUAAUUCAUGACCCAGUUGUUCACUAAAUUCAUGUUUGCUGAUUAUAACAUUUGAAUCACUAACCACAUGACUUACCACUUGUGUAUUCUGGUAGGCACGAGUUGAACUUGCUGUGUAAGCUUUUGGCCUUUCCAAUCAGAGUUGCUGCCAACUUGCUGGCCGGCUUAAUAUAAACAUGGCUGUACACACACCGGCGCCUGUGAUAUUUCUGCAUAAUAUAAAUCUUUGUACAAUUUUUGAUGGGUUUUUAAGUAAAUAGGUAAUGAAAGAAGUGAGUGUAUUAAUAAAGGGUAAGGGUGAGCUAUCAUUUUUUUAUUUGUCUCAUUCUUAGUUAUUUCCAUUGUUACACAUGUGCUGUUGCCAUUUUACACACUUGAUGUUCGAAUUGAGAGGGAAAAUUUUCUGAUUUGAAUAAAUACUAAUCUCCCCCUUUCUCACUACUUAAAACCGAUCUGAAAUUAGGUGCAUUUAAUUACAACUCUGAAUUUUUUACUGUAGUCCCCCUAAAGUUCUUACAGGACAGAUAGUUGCUGAAUGUUGAAUGUAAACAUUGUCAGGCAAAUAAAUAUGAAUGCAAAUCGGCAGGAAUGUGUUUCUCCAAUGGAAAAGUGAAGCUGCUGGCACUAAUUGAGCCUCUGUCUCCCUAAAUGAAGCCUCUUUGCUCCGCCUAAGGCCAAGCAAUGCCAGGUAUGAAUAUUAGUGAUACAGUAGAUGUCUGGAGUGUAUGGAAGUCAUUUGAUGGGGGGAAAAGGGUAUGCAGGAAGUUGUAGAUAGCCAAAGAUUCAUUCAGUAUUUGUUUUGAUAGUGGUAGCUAGCUUCCAGUUUGUCGUAGUUUGUACACUUGUGUAUAAGUAAUUGUUUUAUAUUAGUAGGCACAUUUAUUGAUUUAAAAAUUUACUUCAAGCAGGCGUAACCUUCAUUUUCACUUGUAUUAAUUUUGUCCUUCGUAACUUGUGUACUAAUUUCAGCUGUAAGUUGUUUGAUGGAUCAGUCUAUAGAACUGCUGUAAUUCUGUUUUGUGGCUAUUUAAACUGAGUGUUGCAUCAAAGAGUUUAUUAAUGUGUAUUAAGUGUUUUUUCUGUAUUUUUGUCAUGAUGCCAUUUUGAAAAUGUUUACAAUAAAUAGGUAGCACAUGGGUGGACAGCCAAUAGCCUUGUGCAACAGUGAAGGGACCAACUAUCGCGGAGCUACUCUAUGUGACGAUGUAGUAAAAUUUACACUGUUAAUCAGUUACUGGCUCCCAAUGUCACUAUUUUUAAAUUUAAAUUUCUCGUGGAGAAGGGGGAAGAAGGGGUGAAAACUCAGACGAUGGCCGUACAGAGAGGCAACAUUGGAGUACGUGUUGGUUGCAAAUGUUUCCCCACUGGUUUUCGCGGUGCCUGUAUGCUUCCGUGCCUCAUGUGCUGCCUGCUCUGAGCAAACAGAUUUAAGGAUUUGGUAGACUGGGGUCCACCACCAUUAUUUUGCUCUCAAAUUUGUAAGCAUGAUAAUGUAAGCAGGCCACUUCAGAUGUAUGUUAUUCAGUUUUACAAGAGUUUAAAGUGUAUGAUGAAAAAAAAAACUUUUCUCUUAUCUUAGUAUCCACACUAUUGCACAUUGUCAUGUUCAGUUUUGAAAAUGCUGUAUCUUUUACUUGUGGCUAGUGCAAUUAGGGCAGACUGCCUGUACGUGUCUCCCAGCACUUAUGUUCCACCGGAGGCUGUCCAUGUCUGAUGGAGUGUUUCAGGCUUGCUCCAGGUGGCACAGACAAAUGGAAAAGUGUUAUAUUUGACUGAAUUGUAAGUAAAGGUAAAAAAAAAUUCAAUAAGUUGUUAAGCUUUUAUUGAAAUUAUUUCAAGGAAGAUUAUGGAAGUUUACUAAUGUCAUCUUUUUUUUAGUCCGUCACAUCACAUGAGUGUGAAAUUGUGGUGAAAGGUACAGUUUGAUUAUCUGUGCAGUUAUAACAACUGACACACAAUGUUUAUUGAAGCAUUAAGAUGUUUUAUUUACAGGGUGGUGUUUAGGUUGUGUAGAAUCCAAAGUGAACCUGUGGUGGGAACCCUUGCAGGGAGAAAUGUUUUGAAAACUAACCUGAAAUAAUUCCAUUUUAGAAAAAUUUUCUAACUUAAACUUGUAGAAAAUUUUUUACCAUACAUUAUUUUUAUGUUAAUGAAUUGAUAAGAUAAUAAAAAUGAAAAGAAUAGAAAGUCA